GACGGGCAAAUUCGUGACUCCGAGACCACAGCAUCGGAAAUAUUCUCCUGGGCAAGUGCCAAGUGGGAUAAAUUGAUAGGAGGAAGCCGCACAGGCAAGUUGAAAGUCGCCGUCCUGUUUGCCUUGGCAGAACAGACAGAGAGACCGAGAAGAGAGGGCGAAGAGGGGAGCAGGAGGAGGCAAUCGCGAACAGACCAACCAUGGGCGUGACCAAGGAGGACGUGGAGGCCGCCGUCGCCGCCGCGCUCAGCCCUACCCACCUCGUGGUCACCGAUACAUCCGGCGGGUGCGGCGCGAGCUACGAGAUCGAGGUGGUGUCGGACAAGUUCGAGGGGAAGCGGCUGCUGGAGCGCCACCGGAUGGUCAACACCGCGCUGGCGCCGCUCAUGGCCGAGAUCCACGCCGUCUCCAUCAAGGCGCUCACCCCCGCGCAGGCCCAGCCCAAGUCGGAGCCGGCCGCCGCCGACAAGGCGCAGGCCUGACUCGCUCUUUAGGAUUCACUAGUACUGAAUUCACACAUGCGCCGCUGGAUGUCGGGAGCUCGCAUCAUACAGUACUCUCUGCUUGAAUGAAUAAUGUAGCAACUAGCAAGAUGCGUCUGCGGAAUCGAGACUUUGCAGUGGCGCUAUGCCUGGCUGAUAAGACUUUGCUGCAUUUUGUCUAUGUGAUUGUGAUUGUGAUGAUUCAGUGCUUCUGCUCUAACUGUGUUGGCCUGAGAUUGUGUGGCGACA